AUGUCAUCCGAAUUCAAUAUUCUCACCCCCAAUGCCAUGCUUGGCUAUGGCUACCGGGUUGAGCAUUUCUGGUAUGGAAUUGAGAAGUUCACCCCGAAGGCGAUUAUCGUUGAUAGCGGGUCGACCGAUGGCGGACCCUACAAGCUUGGCCUAAACAAGAUGACCUGCGGCCGUGAUUCUUACAUUCGUGAUUUGACACCGAUUCUCCAAGCCUGCUUCCACAAAAAGAUCCAGGUCCUGAUUGGGUCGGUCGGUGGCGAUGGCAGCGACAAGCAUGUCCAAGAGAUGUUCGAAAUCGUCCAAGAAAUCGCCGCAAGGAAAGGGUUUUCCUUUAAAGUUGCCACUAUUUCGGCUGGCUUUGAAAAAAAUCUCUUGACGCGGCGCAUUGUCAGUCAAAAGGUUGGCCCAUGUGGUCCGGUGGAAGAAUUGACGGUGGAAAGCGCCGACCGCGCUAUUGACAUCGUUGCGCAAAUGGGCGCUGAGCCGUUUCUGAAAGCUCUAGAAACUUCUCCUGAUAUCAUUCUAGGAGGUCGUUGCUAUGACCCAGCUCCUUUUGCUGCGCUCUCUAUCUAUCACGGUGUACGUUCUGGCGUAGCAUGGCAUAUGGGCAAGAUUAUGGAAUGUGGCGGUAUCUGCGCACUUCCCAAAGGACGGUCAAUGAUCGCCACAAUGCGGAAAGAAUCUUUUGAUUUGACUCCCUUGUCGCCAAAAGAGAGAUGUACUCCUCUCUCGGUUGCUGCCCAUACUUUAUACGAGAAGACACGUCCGGAUCGCCUGCCGGGGCCCGGUGGAGUCCUGGUGCUUGAUAACGCCUCAUAUGAACAGUUGACGGAGAAAACCGUGCGUGUCAGCGGUGCCGAAUUCGAGCCUACGCCUGUCUACCAAGUCAAAUUAGAGGGUGUAGAGAAGCUGGGAUAUCGUACCAUCUUUAUUGGCGGUAUCCGCGACCCUAUUCUUAUUGGGCAAAUCGACACCUUUCUCGCGGACGUGCGCGAGUAUACCCAAAGUCUGUUCCCUGAACUAGACAAGUCACCACAAUGUCAGCUGUUGUUCCAUUUCUAUGGUCGCAACGGAACAAUGGGUCCACUUGAGCCUUCACCCGCCGUCGGGCACGAUCUUGGUAUUCUAGGAGAAGUUGUUGCCCCGUCCCAGGAACUGUCAUAUACAAUCGCCAAUAAUGCCCGCGCAUCAAUUCUACACAUGCCCUACAAGAACCAGAUCGCAACAACCGGGAACUUUGCGUCUCCUCUCUCUCCUCAUGAGACUGCCGCUGGUCCUGUUUUCCGCUUCAAUGUCUACCAUCUCGUUGACCUCGAGGCCGGUGAAGAAACAACGCUAUUCCCGAUAAACAUAAAGACGAUCACCAACAGCCCUUCUCCAACUGAAGAUGCCGCUGUUCUUGGUCUUUCUGACCUUGAGAGGCAAAUUCUUCUCUCCGAAUCCCUCGAGCCCUUAUCUUUUAAACCGGUGCCACAAGGGGAGUGUCAAAUGAUGGAAAUCGCCAAAAUUAUCAGGUCCAAGAAUUCAGGCCCAUUUGAGAUGACAUUCGACAUUAUGUUCGAUACUAUGGAGGCUUACGAUCGGGUCAAAAACGCCAAUAUUCUGACUAAUGAGCGUAUAACGUCUCUAUAUCACCUGAAACCCGAAGAUAUCAUCGUCAAUAUGUUUUUCGAACCUGCGUUGGCAUGGAAAUGCACGAUUCGCAGGCCCUGGGAGCAGGGAACUGUGGGGGAGCGUGACACGCUGGGCACCCAGCAACAUGGACCCCUUUUGUCCAUCGUCGUCCCUGCUGUCUCCGAUCUCGUUGUUAAGCCUAGCUCAAUUGAUAACGCAGGCCUAUCCCUGUCCCCUCGGGAUCGCUCCAAUUUUUCGGCCACGGACAGCGUUCAAUAUCUAUGGACGACUCUGGGCUUGCCUGCCGCAUCACUAGAAAAUCUUAGGCUCCCUGGCAAGGGUCUUGGCUUGCCCUCUUCCUUCAAAAUCGGCCACAUUGCGCAGGCUUCAAUUGGUCUUUCUGCCUUGCUUGCUGCGCAGAUCUUUGCUCUUCGCACCGCUUCUUCUGUGCCCACAGUGACGGUUCCUCUAGAACAUGCGGCUAUUGAAUUUAAAUCGGAGAGGCUAUACACACUGGCCGGUGAGCCCGCCCCGUCACCAUGGGGGCCUAUCGGUGGCUUGCACAAAACUUCAAAUGGUUAUGUGCGUGUGCACGAUUCCUUCCCUAAUCAUCGGAAUGGGGCUCUCGCUCUAGUCGGUUGCAAGCCGAAUGCCACUCGUGCGCAACUAGAGCAGAAAAUUAGAGACCGGUGCUCAGUCGACCUUGAAACGGCCGCUUUCGAAAACCGCCUUGUCAUUUCUGCCCUUCGGUCAUAUUCUCAGUGGGACGUGCUCCCUCAGGCCAGGCAGAUCGCCGAUUUCCCGAUCACCCUUCGAAAACUCUGUGAUGGGCCAAUUGGUCUGCCUUCGACGAUGCAAUUGCAGCCCGAUAAGGCUCUCCGCGGCUUACGUGUUCUCGAGUUGUCCCGCGUCAUCGCCGCGCCCCUCUCGGGAAAGACAUUGUCUGUUCAUGGCGCAGAUGUUCUCUGGGUCACAAGCCCUAACCUUCCCGAUCUCCCUACCAUGGACCGUGACUUCGGCCGAGGCAAGCGUACAAUUCAGCUUGACCUAAACACCCAAUCUGACCAAAAUGAACUUUCUGAGCUACUCGAGGAGGCUCAUGUGUUUGUACAAGGUUUCCGCCCUGGAGGUGUCGCCCAGCGUGGUUUCUCACCAGAUGUUCUAUCAAACCGCUUCCAGCAUCGCAACAUUACCUGUGCCAAUAUGUCUGCCUACGGGCCUGAUGGCCCCUGGUCAGAUAAACGAGGAUUUGACUCCCUGAUCCAAACGUGUUCCGGCAUGAACGUAUCGGAGGCGGAGCACUUCGGUGCUGGGGAGGUGGCUCGUCCCACCCCCUGUCAAGCAUUAGACCACGCUGGAGGCUACUUCCUGGCUUCUGGUAUCAUGGCAGCGUUGUAUAAGCAAGCGACAGAGGGCGGGUCCUGGCAGGUUGACGUAUCUUUAGCAGGUGUGAUGAAGUAUCUUCGCUCUCUUGGACAGUUCGAAGGAAAGUCAGGCUUUGAGACACAAGACUUCACAUGCACCAAAGACGUCCCUGAAGACUACUUGGAAACUCGGGAAACAGGUUUUGGAGAAAUGACUGCUAUCCGACACUCUGCUUCAAUUGAGGGAGUUAAUGUUGGCUGGGAUAUUAUGCCCAAGCCCCUCGGUUCUGAUGAAAAGAAAUGGCUGUAG